GAUAUUGCGUCAUUUUGCAUUUGAUAAUAAGUUGUAUCUAUGGUAAAAUAGCUUUUAUCACUAUCAGACUUGUGGCUACAAAAUCAUGCUAAUAACAAUGUUAAACAACUAACGAGGAAAGGCCACCAAGUAUUCCCUCGCUUUUGAGCUGAGACUCAGUUGAACGGGGGUAAUCGAGCAUGCUGAUUCCGAAUUUCAUAAUGGUUUGGGCUAAUUUUGACUUUAAAGUCUCGGGUUUUCAAGCUGAAAAACUAUUUGCGCUAAAAAUGUUUUUGAUCUGUCCAAUUGAUAGAGCACGUAGCGAAACCUACAGAAAACCACUUUUAAAGGUUUCAUGAGAGGUUCUGAGCGAGUUUUCUACGUCAAAAACGUGCCCUAGCAAUUGGACCGAUCAAGGAAAUUUUUAGCGCCAAUGGUUUUUCAGCUUGAAAACCCGUGACUUUAAAGUCAAAAUUAGCCAUUAUGAAAUUCGGAAUCAGCAUGCUCGAUUACCCCCGUUCAACUGAGUCUCAGCUCAGAAGCGAGAGAACACUUGGUGGCCUUUCCGCGUAAGUCUAGCUUUUCCUCUUGUUGGUUUACUAAUCCUUUCUUAUUAACUAUUUUUUGUCUCUGGGUAAAGUUUUGUUUCUUAACUAUUAGUUUUGAUUUCUUUGAUAAUAAUAGGAUAUACUUCAUAUCUGUCAACUCUGGUUUUUCACAUUGCGAUCUGACUUAGUUGAUUUCGAAAUUUCAGAGCCAAGUAGUUAUGAUCCAGUUGACUUUCACACGAAACUGUCUAUGUUCAAUAGUUUUUCUAAAUAUGAUUUAAUAUUUCUAUGAUUUUUGCAAAGUAUUCUACUAUAACAUUUUUCCAGUAAAACCAGAACAGCUACUCUUUCGAUAAAUUUCCUUACGCUGUUGAUUUUUGUUUUGAAAACCUAAAUCUUAUGAAACACAGACUGAUUUUUGUCCUCUACAAAAUGGUCGAACCAGAAAAAUUAUAUGGAUUUAAUCCAUGGUUUUUCAAAGACCCAGUUUUCAGGAAACCGGUCAACAAAAGUCUAAGGACAGCAUAUUCAGAAUCAGCGUCAUCAGUUACAUAUAGUUUACCUAGGUUCACUGAACUAACGAUUUGCAACCUGGGGUACUUCCAUCGUCAGACGUGGAAUGUUAUUGUGCUCAAAAGGGAAUCUUUAAAAAACUUUCCGUUGGUACCGCAUCACUCUAACUGUGCGACGAAAGUAGCUGGUUUAUGUCCUUGUUUAACUAUCUAGAAAUGAAGCAUAUGCAAAUGAAACUCUAUGUGAAUGUAGUAGGCCCGGCAAAUUUGUCUAUCGUGUGAAUAUACAUUUAUAUCAAAUUCGACAUUUCAAGACACAAUUGAACAUCUAUUUAUGUUGAAACAAAAGUUUGUUUUUGGUAGUCAGUUAUUCGGCAAUAUAACAUGUUAUAAUACCUCGUUUCAAUGUGAUUAUGAUCUACUGUGUCUUGACUGGAGAAAUAUUUGCGAUGGUUGGUCUAAUAAAUUCUAUUUUCGUCACCUACUUUUAUUGAAACUUAAUAUUUCUGUUUUAGGUAAACAGCAAUGCGUCGAUGGCACUGAUGAAGGUCAUUGUGAACAGCCAGAAUUUAAUGAAUGUCAGCCAGACGAAUAUCGGUGUUCCAAUGGACAAUGUAUUGACAGAAUAUCCUGGCUUGAUGACGGAAAAUUCAUUGACGAACGAUCUCGAUAUGAUAAAGUGACGUCUAAACAGAAUCCACACACAAAGACAACUGAUUAUUGUGCAAGUUACAGGGACAAAAAUUAUGUAUGUGAAAAAGAUGAUACUAAAUCAAUGUGGACUGUGGACGAUAUUGGUGGAAAAGAAGAAGAUGCUCAAGAUCUAGUUGAAUUUAUGAAUAAACUACAUCCAAAUCUGAAAUUCACAUACGAAAUUGAAAACAAUUUUGAAUUACCAUUUUUAGAUGUGAAAGUUAUUAAAGAACGAACAAAAUUUGAAACGACUAUAUUCAAGAAAAGACUCACACCGGUCAGCUUCUUCACUGGACUUCAUGUCAGGCAAAGAAAUAUAAAAUUGGCUUAGUAAAAACAUUGACAUUUCGAGCUCUCUCCAUUUGUUCUUCAAAACAACUAUUGGAAGAGCAAUGUACUUUUAUUGAGAAAGCUAUGAUUCAGAAUGGUUAUCGAGUUAAUUGAUCAUACCGCCAAGGAAGAAAAGUGCUUCCUUUCGUGACUUAUUGACGUUUUUUUGCGGUCGUUUUUCCUUGCCUUAAAUAAAUUGCAAAAGUAUCGCAAUCAAUAAUUAUCCAUUCAAAAUAAA